CCGCCCUCCGGGGAGGAAACGGAACGGAUCUGUAGAUGCAGUUCUGCUCUGCUGGCCGGUUUCAGAACAGACCGGGGCGCGCUAAUCACGGAAUGACGCUGCGCUGGGUUUCUCAGUCAUACAGUACAAUCCGCACCCGAAUCUCACGUGUGCAACCCCGACGGGUGACAGCGGUGCCACACAACCGGACAGCAGGCUGUUAUCGAAAUUGGAGCAUCAAGAGAUAAACGUGGCACGGGGAUUUUUGCCUGAGAAGCCAUUUGAGAGGAAUACACACAGAGCCUCGGGAUAGGAGGUUACUGCGUGGUGGAUUGCACCGGGCCGCGAUGUCAAUCUUGCCCUCUUUCGGUUUUACGCAGGAGCAGGUCGCGUGCGUCUGCGAGGUGCUGCAGCAGGGUGGAAACCUGGAGAGGCUCGGACGUUUCCUUUGGUCCCUGCCGGCCUGCGACCACCUCCACAAGAACGAAUCCGUGCUGAAAGCGAAGGCCGUGGUGGCCUUCCACCGGGGGAACUUCCGCGAGCUCUACAAGAUCCUGGAGAGCCACCAGUUCUCCGCGCACAACCACCCGAAGCUGCAGCAGCUGUGGCUGAAGGCGCACUACGUGGAGGCGGAAAAGUUACGGGGCCGCCCGCUAGGCGCUGUGGGCAAAUACCGCGUGCGCAGGAAAUUUCCUUUGCCCCGUACGAUCUGGGACGGCGAGGAGACUAGCUACUGCUUCAAGGAGAAGUCUCGGGGCGUGCUGCGUGAAUGGUACACGCACAACCCCUAUCCGUCUCCGCGGGAGAAGCGGGAGCUGGCGGAGGCAACGGGACUGACCACCACACAGGUCAGCAACUGGUUUAAAAACAGGAGGCAGAGAGACCGGGCAGCUGAGGCUAAAGAGAGAGAAAACAGCGAGAACAACGGCGUUGGAGGUAAGCAGAGCCAGCGGUCUCCGCUCGACGGAGUCAAGUCGCUCAUGUCCAGCUCAGAGGAUGAGUUCUCUCCGCCGCAGAGCCCCGAGCACAGCUCCGUGCUUCUGCUGCAGGGAAACAUGAACAAUCCCGGGGCUCCCGCGUACCCAAUGCCCGGCCUCGGUGCGCAGCACUCGGUGCACAGCAUGCAAGGACAUCCGCAUCAGAUCCAGGAUUCACUGUUGGGAUCUCUAACAUCCAGCCUUGUGGAUUUAGGAUCUUAGGACGUCUCGUUCGUAAUUUAAGCGACAAGACUUAAAACCAUAAAUAACCAAUAUUUACGGCGUUACCGUAUAUUCUCAUGACGCACAGGACGUUUGCUAAAAUAAACUACUCUUUUGCAAACGAUUGGGAAAAUGGGAGAAAAUCAAAAAAGUUUCUCUGAGUUUUGGGAAUUUUAAGUAUACUGGACAAGUGCGUAAAAUUUGUAAAAAAAAAAACAGUAAGGCCAAUAUUUAAGGAAAUUCGCAGUACUGUUGGAUACAUAAACCUUUAAUAAUUUAUGAUGUUUUACUCAAAGAUUAAUUUAUAGAAAUUGUUCUGUAUUGGACAGUACGAAUAGCAGGGAUUUUAAUGAGAAAUCAUUGGCUUCGGACAUCUUAAACUAAACUCUGUGGAUGUGGAAACUUUGUUUCGUUCUUUUUUUAUUUAGUUUAAAUAUAACACUACGUUGUAUUUGUAGUUUUGAAAACAGAGGCUCUCCAAUUUUUUUUUAUUUUUUUUUUUAUAUCACACAUCGUCCACGUUUUAAGUCAAGUCAACGUUUUGAGCAUUUGUCUUUGACUCGGAAAAGCCUGUUAAUCAAAAUAAAGAAAAUCAGGAGACUACAAUAAAUAAACACGAAGGCUCAAAAUAAUAAAAAUAUGUCAAUCCACGUGACACAUCCAAGCCGGAAGAGGGCAUGAGCGCGUGAAAAAUGAGAACGACAGAAACAUCAACAAGAAAAAUUGGCCCUUUUGCAGAGAGGACAGAGAGACGCCAAGAGGCGCCAGGCUGACUCUUUGACCGUUAUUCAGGAAAACUAAAAUUAAAAAAGGUAACAAAAAAAAAACAACAACAAACAAAAAAGAAACACGGGCACACUGAGUCACUUUAAGCUUUGUAACAUUACGUUUUCUAAACAUUUCUUAGUUCAUUACGCUUUAAUAAAAAAAAAACAGAAUGGAGACAGAGGGAGAAAAAGGGAGUAUUGCUCAUUUUUCUGUUUGUUCUGUCAGUUCUGGGCCACUGGAAACUGACACGACACGCAAGAGAAGCUCUAAAGACCCUCCACCCAAAACAAAAACCUCUACAAAACAAUUGAAACGAUAGUGAGCUUAAUCGUCUUUUUUUAGUAAAAAAAAAAAAAAAAAAAAAAACAAAUGGAAAAACUAAAGAUUAAAAAUCGAAUUUGUCGCGCGUUUGUUGACAUUUUUAACCGCGAGGAAGGAAUCGGACGAUACGAAAAACAACAUUUCUGGAACAAUGCGCAAUGUGAAUUAUUCUGUGUCUUUUUACGUCGAUAGUCUCGUGUCAGUGUAAAUGGUUUUGAGCAGAGAGCGCAGAGGGUUUCCGGGCCCUAAUUAAAACCAUUCUCCGGGUUUAGAGGGGCUUGAUUGCAGGAAUGAGGAGGGACACCCUACCAGCCUCGAGCCACGGGGUGUUGCACAACAGAAAUCUAUCUAUCUAUCUAUCUAUCUAUCUAUCUAUCUAUCUAUCUAUCUAUCUAUCUAUCUAUCUAUCUGUCUAUCUGUCUGUCUAUCUAGAUUUAAAAACAUUCAAUAUUCAUUGUCACUUUUGACAAAACAUAAACAGGAAAUAUUCUAAAUAUUUUUCAUAUUGGGAAUAAAUAUCUUCUCGAGACUUAAACUGAGGAACCCAGAAUUCUUCCACCAAUAAGGCCAAUGCUGGGCAUGAAUGUCAGCUGCGGUUUUAAUCAACAGUCUAAUUAUAUUUUGCACAUAUAAACAUUCCUUACAUCUGCUAUGCUCAUAUUGGUGGAAAUUGAGAAAUCCAAAUAAAAAAAAAAAAAGGUUUCUUUUCAUUUCUGUGCUGGUGAUGUGGCCCACUCUGUUUUCCCCGACCGAUUCGACGACAUAGUUUGAUAACUGAGUAAAAGUUUAAAAUAGCUAUGAAUCAGACUUUUCAUUUUUCGUGAUAAUCCAACCCCAGACAAAGUGUCAUCAUCAAAUGCCUUUUUGUUUAUGCUUUCACCCUGGACUUUCUUUAGGGACCACAAUUUACACAGUAAAUCUGAAACGAUCGGUUAAUGUC